AGGUGCCGAUAUUUACCCAGUGCUAACUUUGGGUCCCUUCUUGGAAUAGGAGGAAGAGCCGUUCUCUACUUUUCAGAACUACAGAGAAACUAAAGAGAACCGAUGUAAAUAAGCUGAACUCUCUUCUGGCCUCUCCCCUCUCGAGACAUCACCACUUCACCCUGUGAGGAGCGUGAAGAACUAGACCAGUCACUAUGAAUGUAACCAGCUUGUUUUCCUUCACAAGUCCAGCUGUGAAGAGACUUCUAGGUUGGAAACAGGGUGAUGAAGAAGAAAAAUGGGCAGAGAAAGCUGUGGACGCUUUGGUGAAAAAAUUGAAGAAAAAGAAAGGGGCCAUGGAAGAGUUGGAGAAGGCCCUGAGCUGCCCGGGGCAGCCAAGUAACUGUGUCACCAUUCCCCGCUCCCUGGAUGGCAGGCUGCAGGUGUCCCACCGGAAGGGAUUGCCUCAUGUCAUUUAUUGCCGAGUGUGGCGCUGGCCGGACCUCCAGAGCCACCAUGAACUGAAGCCUCUGGAGUGCUGUGAGUUUCCUUUCGGUUCCAAGCAAAAGGAGGUGUGCAUCAACCCCUAUCACUAUAAGCGCGUGGAGAGCCCUGUCCUUCCUCCCGUGCUGGUUCCCAGGCACAGUGAGUAUAAUCCUCAGCACAGCCUUCUGGCACAGUUCCGCAACUUGGGACAGAAUGAGCCUCACAUGCCACUGAACGCCACGUUUCCAGAUUCCUUCCAGCAGCCCAGCACCCACCCGUUUCCCCACUCGCCCAACAGCAGCUACCCCAACUCCCCAGGCAGCAGCAGCAGCACCCACCCUCCACCCCCCACGUGGCCUGCCGGGAGCUUUCCCCUACCAACUGACACACCCCCACCUGCUUACCUGCCUCCUGAAGACCCCAUGGCCCAGGAUGGCUCUCAGCCAAUGGACACGAAUAUGAUGGCACCUGCACUGCCCUCCGAGAUCAACAGAGGAGAUGUUCAAGCUGUUGCUUAUGAGGAACCAAAGCACUGGUGCUCUAUUGUGUACUAUGAGCUCAACAACCGCGUGGGCGAAGCGUUCCACGCCUCCUCCACAAGUGUGCUGGUGGAUGGUUUCACUGAUCCUUCCAACAAUAAGAACCGCUUCUGCCUUGGGCUGCUCUCCAACGUUAACCGGAACUCCACAAUAGAAAACACCAGGAGACAUAUUGGAAAAGGCGUCCACCUGUACUAUGUUGGAGGAGAAGUGUAUGCCGAAUGCCUGAGUGACAGCAGCAUCUUUGUGCAGAGUCGGAACUGCAACUACCAUCAUGGGUUUCAUCCCACCACUGUCUGCAAGAUCCCCAGUGGGUGUAGCUUGAAAAUUUUCAACAACCAAGAGUUUGCUCAGCUAUUGGCACAGUCUGUGAACCAUGGUUUUGAGACUGUGUAUGAACUCACCAAAAUGUGCACUAUUCGAAUGAGUUUCGUGAAGGGUUGGGGAGCCGAGUACCACAGGCAGGAUGUUACUAGCACCCCCUGCUGGAUUGAGAUACAUCUGCAUGGCCCUCUCCAGUGGCUGGAUAAAGUUCUUACCCAGAUGGGUUCGCCCCACAAUCCUAUUUCCUCAGUGUCUUAAAGGGCCUCGGCUUCUGUCUCUUGCAAACUGUUGAGCCUUGCAUGUACUUGAAGGAUGGAUAUGUCAAGACGGGUGAAGACCUGACAAGGGAGCCUUGAUAAUACUUGACCUCUGUGACCAACUGUUGGAUUGAGAAAUUAACAAACCUUGGUAACAUGCUGUUGAUAUCAAGAAUCUGUUUAGUUUACAUUGUGACAUUCUGUUGUAUGAUCAACUAAAAUGUUGACUUUUAGCAGGACUUUUGUGUAUAGUUUUAAAAGAGAUGGCCAAGCCAGGGACAAAUUAUCUAUUAGAAGAAGAACAAUCCUGAGCAGUCCUUUUGUUUGGAGUGUUUGGCAUAAUGUUACGCUAAUAGUCUUUGAAGUAUGCUCUUCAUCAGGUUCUGAGCCCACAUUGAAUCAUCUUCUCAUGGGUUUUCAUAAUAUUUUAAAACUGUUUGUUUAGAAAUGAAUGGGGUUCUUUGUUUUUAAAGGUGAAUCUUUAUGACAUAUAUAGUAUUCUUUCUAAAACCGUAUGCUGACUGUAGUGCUGUCUGAAUGACGUCAGGCUUGUACUCUUUGCUAAAUAUGUAUAUACAGAAUAUUUGGAGGUUAGGAAUAGUCUAAAUGGCUAGUGGAUCUAGAAGGUAUUUGUGGGUGGGGUCGGGGAAAAGAAAUGACAACCGCAAACGUAGACUAUGCCAUAACAUUGAGUUUGUUGUCUUAAAUGAGCAAGCUGGUGUCUGAAUUUGCUGUGUUUCAGUUUUUUAGAGUUUUAUCUGACUUUUUUCCUUUCUUUUCUUCUAUCUCAUCUGCUCUACACGGAAGUUAAGCAGCUGGUUAAUUCCUGUAACUGUGAGAGCAAAUGAAUAAUUCCUUUUAUUUGCAAAUCAACUGGCUUUGUGUUUCAGUGCCCGGUAUAUGAAAGGCUUGAAUUUAAUGAGCAGUUUUUACAGAGUUUACAAUACAGGCAUAGGCUUUAAUUUCCAAAUGAAUUGUUUGCCAAACCUAGUAACCGUGUUCAUUAGUCACAGGUUUAAAGAAGAUCCUUAUUGGAAUCCAUUUCAAACAUUUUUAUUUUGUUUUGGUUUUUUAUACUGUUUGGUUUUGUUUUCUUCUGUUAAUUUUUUCUAUUCUCCUCUGCUCUUAUACACUGAGUACCUUUAUCCCAACACUAGCGGGUUUUCUCUACUGGACAAUUUUAAAUAAACCUGUCAUUAUUGCUUCCUUUGAUUAAAAA